CCCAUCAAGCUGACCCAAAAGCCUUAUCUUUUUCAAAAAAACCAUAUUCUAUUGUUCAAAACUGUUAAACCAUAUAUUAUAAUAAUAAAUACCCUUCUCCUACCUUUUUUUUCUUGCAUAAUAAAUGAUCAAAUGCUUAUAUAUAUAUAUUAUACAAUUUCCUUACAUAAUUGUACAAGUACCAAUAUUUGUUUUAUUGCAAAAGUUUGUACUUUUUAUUCUUCCUAUCUAUAUAAUCUUGUCUUCAACAAACACACACUACAUCAUCAGUACUUGUCUUCCAUAGCAUAUUAAGGAAUACAGUUAAUGAAUGCUACUAAGUACUAAUCAAGCUGAUUCAAUCAAACAAGGAUUUUGGUGUUCUGGUUUUGGAAGCAACUGGAUCUAGAAUUGGCAAAGAGGGAUCAUUUCAUCAUUUCAUCAUUCAACUUUGAAUUAGACCUCUCUCUCUUGGCUUGGUUUCACAUAUCAUUAGAGAUUGUUGUCAAGUUAGUGACUAGAUAUAUAUAUGGAUAGUCUUAGUUGGAAUGAUGACUCACAACUUGUUGCCAACAUACCAAUCUUGUGGAACACUCAACCACAAGACCUUGAAAGAGACUACUCAAUGUCCAAUCCAAGUUCAAGUGUUUUUAAUUAUCAAAUGCAAGAUAUGCAGAAGAUUCAAUCAGAAGCUGAAACCAGUUGGGAAGAAACUUUAAUAUUCCAAUCAUACCCUUCACUUUCAGUCAAUAUCAACACACCUAACAAUUAUGUGCCAGAUUUCAACAUGUCCCAUCAACAAAACAGCAAGAGUACUACUACUGCUACAUGCUCUCUUGAAUCAUCACUUGAUUGUUUGCUUUCAGCAACUACUAAUAGUAACACUGACACUAAUUCUAUUCAAGAUGAUGGAAUUUCCAUGAUUUUUUCUGAUUGCAAAAACAGAAACUCAUGGAACUUCAAUGCAGUUUCUUCUGUUGAAUAUGAGAGUACUAAUGCUAGAAACAAAGACAUGCAGUAUCCAUUCAAGGAAAUAGAGGAAACAUUAUCUCAAAUUUCCUCAGAUCAAGGUAAAAUCAUUGAUUCUAAUUCCAAGGUUCAUUCCACAAAAAGGACUAAGAUUGAUCAAUAUGAUCCUUAUAAUUAUAACUUCAAUAUUACUCAGAAUUCUUCUGCCACUGAAUUUGGUUUCAAGCUUAUCUCAGAGAAACCACCAAAGUCAAAGAAACCAAGAUGGGAUAAUAAGUGUCAAGGUUCAUCAAAUAUCAAUUUCCAGCAACCAAAUUCAUCAAUGUCAUUGUCAAAUUCAUCCAUUCAUGAAGAACCUGAUCCAGAAGCUAUAGCUCAAAUGAAGGAAAUGAUAUAUAGAGCUGCAGCUUUUAGGCCAGUGAUGAAUUUAGGUUUGGAAGUGGUGGAAAAGCCGAAAAGGAAGAAUGUUAAGAUAUCAAAUGAUCCACAAACUGUGGCUGCAAGACAAAGAAGGGAAAGAAUAAGCGAAAGGAUUAGAGUUUUGCAGAAGAUUGUUCCUGGUGGAACCAAGAUGGACACUGCAUCAAUGCUUGAUGAAGCUGCUAAUUACCUCAAGUUUCUUAGGUCACAAGUUAAAGCAUUAGAGAAUCUAGGAAACAAGAUUGAUACAAUGAAGAAUUGUCCUUCUACAAACCUAGCCUUCUCUUUCAACCCUUCAAAUUCCAUGCAAAGUACUCAUUUUCCCAUCCAAAACCCUAGUGAAAAUAUCCAAUAUUCUCAGGGUUGAAAUCGUUAUUAUCAAAACUACCGAAAAAAGUUGAAAUAGCAACGGAAAUUUAGAGACGGAAAAAAUGCAAAAUUCGUUUAUGUCACCAAGUGUUAUAGACGCCAAAUUUUGUUACUAGUUAGAUUUUAUUUUGUCUCUUAAUUUUGUGGUUAUUUCAACUUAUUCUGGUAUAUGGAAGGAAAGAUCAAAGAUGUAAAAAGGGUCAAAAGAAGAACCCAAUAACCUCUAAUUAUUCAUCCAAUGACAAUGUUUAACAUAUUAUCAUGUUCUAGUUAAAGUUUUAAUUUUGUUCAUUGUCUAUGAUCAUGUAACUUUCUUCAUUAAUAUUAAUUUGUUUAA